UCGCUUGGUUGGCUCGGCUCCUCCCGGAUAGGCCCCGUCCUCCACCCAUGGCCACGCCGCCGGUCCUCGCCUCCCGCGGCGCCCACGCCGCCGCCACCACCACCGCCACCUGCGCCUCCCAGCACCUUGCCGCGGCCACCUCCAGGGAGCCCCCGCCGCGCGUGCGGCCCAAGCGCGGCGGCACCAAGUCGCUCGUCCUCUCGCACGCGGCCGCCGGCCGCAUGGACGACGCCCUGGAGGCCCUGGCGGCCGCCGGGAGCGGGGACGCGUUCCUCCACAACGUCGUCAUCCGGGGCCUCGCCGACGCGGGCCUCCCGGGCGCCGCGCUGGCCGCCUACCGCGCCAUGCUGGCCGCCGGCGCGCGCCCCGACCGCUUCACCUUCCCCGUCAUCCUCAAGUGCUGCGCUCGGCUCGGCGCGCUCGACGACGGCCGCGCGGCGCACUCGGCGGCGAUCAGGCUCGGCGUGGCGGCCGCCGACGUGUACACGGGCAACUCGCUCCUCGCCUUCUACGCCAGGCUCGGCCUGGUGGGCGACGCCGAGCGGGUGUUCGACGGAAUGCCGGCCAGGGACAUCGUCACCUGGAACUCCAUGGUCGACGGCUACGUGUCCAACGGCCUCGGGGCGCUGGCCCUGGACUGCUUCAGGGAGAUGCACGAGGCGCUGGAGGUGCAGCAUGACGGCGUCGGGAUCAUAGCCGCGCUCGCCGCUUGCUGCUUGGAAUCGGCGCUGAUGCAAGGGCAGGAGGUCCACGCCUACGUGAUCAGGCAUGGGAUGGAGCAUGACGUCAAGGUUGGCACUUCUAUCCUUGACAUGUACUGCAAGUGUGGCGACAUUGGUUCUGCCGAGGGCGUGUUUGCGACGAUGCCAUUGAGGACCGUGGUGACAUGGAAUUGCAUGAUAGGUGGGUAUGCGCUCAACGAACAGCCCGAGGAGGCAUUUGAUUGCUUCGAGCAAAUGAAGGAAGAGGGCCACCAGGUGGAAGUGGUCACCGCUAUCAAUCUGCUGGCUGCCUGCGCUCAAACUGAGAGCUCACUGUAUGGAAGGAGUGUUCAUGGUUACAUAACUAGAAGACAGUUUCUUCCUCACGUGGUGCUCGAGACUGCGCUUCUCGAGAUGUACAGCAAAGUUGGCAAAGUGAAAUCAUCGGAGAAGGUAUUUGGACAGAUGACGACCAAGACUCUGGUAUCGUGGAACAAUAUGAUCGCUGCGUACAUGUACAAGGAGAUGUAUGUGGAAGCCAUCUCAUUGUUCCUCGAAUUACUGAAUCAGCCUCUUUAUCCUGAUUAUUUCACCAUGUCGGCAGUAGUACCGGCGUUUGUUUUGCUGGGGUUGCUGAGACAAUGCAGGCAGAUGCACGGCUACAUUGUCAGGCUAGGUUACGGGGAGAGCACUCUCAUCAUGAACGCAGUUAUGCAUAUGUAUGCGAGGUGUGGCGAUGUUGUGUCCUCAAGGGAGAUAUUUGACAGAAUGGCAGGUAAGGAUGUCAUCUCUUGGAACACAAUGAUAAUGGGCUAUGCGAUUCAUGGUCAGGGGAGAACUGCACUGGAAAUGUUCUCUGAGAUGAAAUGUAAUGGCCUGCAACCAAAUGAGAGUACCUUUGUCUCCGUGUUGACUGCUUGCAGUGUUUCAGGCUUGACAGAUGAAGGCUGGACGCAGUUCAACUCAAUGCAACGUGACUAUGGUAUGGUCCCACAGAUUGAGCACUACGGAUGCAUGGCAGAUCUGCUCGGUCGGGCAGGUGAUCUUAGAGAGGUUAUGCAAUUUAUUGAAAAAAUGCCAAUAGAUCCAACAUUCAGGGUUUGGGGCUCCCUACUGACUGCAAGCAGGAACAGGAAUGAUAUGGAUAUAGCAGAAUACGCAGCAGAGAGGAUAUUUCAACUCGAACAUGACCAACAAGAACAUGACAACACAGGUUGCUAUGUUCUUAUUUCUUCCAUGUAUGCCGAUGCUGGGAGAUGGAAGGAUGUCGAGAGAAUAAGAUCACUGAUGGAGGAGAAGGGGCUGCGAAGGACAGAACCAACAAGCAUAGUUGAGCUUCAUGGCAUCUCCUGCAGUUUUGUCAACGGGGACAUGACACACCCUCAGAGCAAGAUGAUUCAAGAAGUGUCCAACUUUCUGUCAGGAAAGAUUGGAGAAAUGGUUGACCCAACGAAUCAAUCUGAUCCAACCUCUCUGGAGUCGAGGAGAACAACAGAGCCUAACAAGCAUAGUGUGAGGCUGGCUGUUGUCUUUGGUCUGAUAUCAUCCGAGGCCAGAACCCCAAUUCUUGUCAAGAAGAAUGUGCGUAUAUGCAACGACUGCCAUCAUGCGCUGAAAUUGAUAUCGAAAUAUUCAGGACGGAGAAUUGUUGUUGGCGACACAAAUAUCUAUCACCAAUUCUCAGAUGGCUCUUGCUGCUGUGGUGACUACUGGUGAACAGAAUGGUUAUGGUUGAUGGCAAAGCUUGAAAGCAUUUCAGCAAGAUCAAGUGAACGCCAGGGUGCAGAUAUAAUUUCAUGACAAGCUGCAGCUGUAUGUCACAGAUUCAGACCUUGCACGGCUUCUGAAUUCUGAUGCUCCUUUGCUCUAAACAAAAGCUUCUGAAUCCAGAUGCCAGCACCAGUACAAUCUUCAGGGAGCAUACAUGAGGGAUCAACUCUCAUGUACUCGUGACUCGUCGCAUCGGCUCGACGAACAGGGUUUGUCUUGCCGCUGGCAAUGGAGGUUACACACUGAUUGGAAGAAGCGUCGCCUUUUGACUUUUGUAACUGACAAUGAUGUGAUGUACAAAGUCAAUUCUUCUCAACUGAAUUUUUUGAAAUUA